AUGUCACUGCCAUUGCUGGGCAUUUGGGGCCGAUUUGGUCUCAAAGACAGUACCUUCUCGUGCACUAUACUCGCCGAUAGCUACGGGCGCUCUCCUAAAAAGUAUCCAUAUCUGCACGCAACGCUUAGAACAAGCCAAGAAUUGGGAAUGGAUUUGGAAUCUCAAGAAUCCACUGCAAUGUCAGAGUCUGUAGAACCUGAUGGACCGGUAGUGUAUGAUUGCGAAACCAUUGGAUUCCAGAUCUGCCAACUCUACCCUCUGGUCGACUCGUGUCCGGAAUCAUACUUCUGUCACAACACGAGUCUUGUGGAGGACUCCGACAAAGGCCUCUGUCGUCGAGUUAAGGACAGCUGUGUCUCAGAGGGCAGUGAAUGCUGUCAUGACAUCGACUGUUGCAUUGAGAACGAGGCGACGGCUCCAUUGAAUUGUGUCGAUAAGAUUUGUCUGGUUUUGUUAGUAUAACACUACUUUGGACACA